GAUUCUCCACCUUUUCUAUCCUGUCCGCUCCGAUCCAAUAGCAUCGCUGUCCACCGCUUGCUUCAUUCCCUCUAGGUCUCUCCUCCUUCGAGAUACCCAAAAUAAAAGGAGAGGGGGCAGGAGAACACCAACACAAGAUUGAUGGAGAGGUGACGAGCAAAAGGUGUAGGCAAAAAGAUCGAAAGAGAGGCAACAGUAAGAGGUUUUGCAGUUGCAAGGAGCAGCCGUUGUUGACACGUCUACACAUCAGAUGAGAUCUUGAUGCACUUCGGUAGUCUAGGAACGUUGGUGUCCUAACUGGAAUCCUGUGAGGUUUUGCGAUUGUGGUGAGAGUAGUUGACAUGUUCAUGCUCCUGGCCAUCAUGCAAAUUUGUUACUAAUCAUAGGAGGAGAAUCUAGCUUGUUGGCACAUUUUGUGACAAAAUGGACGACGGACUAUACCUUCCGAUCCCCAGCCACCUUCUGUUUCCAUAUCCUGAGAUCUCCCACGGCUUCGAUGAUGAGUUCCUAGCGUGUACUCACACACACACCUGCUGCAACGUUCCAUCAUGGCCGGCCGCGGCGCACGCCCACACGUGCCUCCACGCGCACACCCAAGUCAUAGCUUCCGGUGAAGAUCACGCGGAGCAUGACCAACUGAGGAAUCUCCGGAAGCCGCUGGGGAACCGUGAGGCCGUGCGCAAGUACCGGCAGAAGAAGAAAGCCCACGCAGCCUUCCUCGAGGAGGAGGUCAAGAAGCUCCGCGCCGCCAACCAGCAGCUCCUGAGGCGGCUGCAGGGCCACGCGGCCCUGGAGGCCGAGGUGGCGAGGCUGACGGGCCUCCUGCUCGAUGUCCGAGGCAAGAUCGACGCGGCAGAGAUCGGCGCCCUGCCGUUAGAGGAGCGGUGCAGCUUCGGCUCUGUCGUCUGUACUGCUGCAGAACCGACGCCAUGCUUUGACGCUGGCGGUGCUGAGGUAGCAGCGGUCCGGGAGGCUGGCGAUGUCGAUGACGGCGGCAUCGUCUCGGGAGAACUCGGUGUUCCUGAAGUGGUGGAUGCUGUUGCCAGCUUCGUGAACUCUGCUGCAUAAUUUGACGAAGUUCUUUGUACCCAAAUACAGUAUCAGAUAGAACAUGGCAUCCUUUCAUAUAGCCUGCUUGAAUAAAUGGUGGCUGGGAGCAGAAGUGUGGAAGUGAGACACCGUAUCAAGGUCUUGCUGCUUAUACUUCUGUUCUGAAGUGUUCGGUUUGUAAUGUACUUGUUGUGUUUGUAUUGGAUGGAGUUAAUAGUAAGUGUGACCCAGCAUUAUCUGUG